AGCUGAUCCUUCAGUGAAGGCGUAUGGCAAAUCUGGCCUCUUUUAUUUCUUACACUGGUAUACCCACUACUCUUUAAAAAUUCCGCCCAAAAAGAGAAGGCGCUUUGCCAAAACAUUUUGGCCGUCAUCUCGCGGCACACCACUGUCUGCACAGGUGUUUGAAAACUACCCACAAGGCCAAGGGGCGGUCCUUCAGCGGGAGCAGUUUGACUUCAAUGCCAAGCCGCCUUGGGACCCCAGCUGAUAGAGGAAGUGGUCCAUCUCCUGACCAUUUUAAUGCAGACCUGCAGGACCCCAGCAGCUCGGCGUCGACUCUGACUCUGGACAGCUCUCUUUGUGGUUGGCUGAUUUGCGGAACACGGUUGAGAUGAAAGUCCUUGCUGACGAACCAGUCUACACCAUUAACGUGUUGGACAGAGGGGUGACCGUUGAUGAUGUCAUCGACGACCGCAUUCACGAACAAACUCUGGCUGAGAAGAACGCGUUUUUCGUGGCUGACCUUGGCGCCCUGAUGCGACAGCAUGUCCUCUGGCACUCCCACAUGGCCCGGGUCCGGCCCUUCUACACGGUCGCAUGCAACAGCAGCCCGGUGGUCAUUGACGUGCUGGCCGCCCUCGGCGCUGCCUUUGUGUGCGCCAGCAAGAGCGAGGUGGAGCAGGUGCUGAGCUACGGCGUGCCUCCAGAGAGCAUCGUCUGCGGCGCUCCCUGCAAGCAGCUCUCCCACGUCAGGCACGCCGCCAAGACCGGUGUCCACCUGCUGGUGUGCGACAGCGAGACGGAGCUGCGUAAGAUCGCACGGUGUCACCCCGCCGCCAGGCUGUUGCUGCAGGUGGCCACGGCGACUGCGGCGGAGGAGACGAGCAUGCCCUUUGGCUGCACGCUGAAGAGCUGCAGACACCUGCUGCAGUGUGCCCGGGAGCUGGGCUUGCAGGUGGUGGGAGUCAAGUUUCACGUGCCCGCCUCCUGCAGCAGCCUGCAGGCGUACUCCCACGCGCUGUCUGACGCCCGCUGUGUGUUUGACAUGGGGGAGGAGUUUGGCUUUGACAUGAAGAUCCUGGACAUUGGUGGGGGGUUCAGUGGGUCAGAGGGCCAGUUGGAACAGAUUGCGUCCGCCAUUGGGCCGCUGCUUGACCUUUAUUUCCCUGCUCUGUCCGGAGUGCACAUCAUGGCCGAGCCCGGGAGCUACUAUGUGUCCUCCUGCUUCACCCUGGCGGUCACCAUCAUUGGCAAGAAAGCGGUGGGCCAGGACCAACAUGGCCAGCCUCCAGAUGGGAUGUCCCCGGGCAACGAGCCGGAUUUCCUGUACUACAUGAACGAUGGGGUGUACGGGUCUUUUGCCAUCAAGUUGCUGGAGGACACAAUCCCAGCUCCAUCAGUUCACAAGAAAUCUGCGAGGGGGGCGGAGCCGUUGUUUGUCAGCAGCCUGUGGGGGCCCUCGUGCGACGGGCUGGACCGGGUGGUGGAGCGCCUCCUUCUGCCCGAGCUGAGUGUUGGAGACUGGGUCAUCUUCAGCAACAUGGGGACCGGCAGUCUGGGGGAGCCGUCUAGCUGCACAGCGAUACAGAAACCUCCUGUCUACUACAUCGUCACUGCAGAAGACUGGUACGAGAUGCAGGAAGCUGGAAUCAACUUGGACAGCACUUUGAAUACGUUAUUGGUGCCAUACUGCUUCUAGCUCAUGGGAGGACACAGUCACCCUAGUCCAUUGUGACAUCGGAGUGGUUCUCCAACCCAUGAUGUCCCCAGAAUUUGUCGGGUCAUCAUUCCAGAGGUGGAAUGACCCUGAAGGAAGCCCCUAGCAGUGUUUCCACCUUAAGAAUAUGAAGAAGAGUGUUCUCUACAGAGAAGAGAGAGAAUGUGUCAACACUGGAUUCACAGCUAUAUUUUUCUAUUUGAAAGAAAAGCUAAUAUGGUGUCCAGCAAACCCAUCUGAAAUUAAUCUAAUGAAAUACGCAAACAAAAUGGAUGAUCUAGCAGAGAUAACCCAUAAACUGGGUUCUUUCUUUUUCAGUUCACAUACCUGUAGGCUUAUGAUGUUCAUACUUGUCAUAUGACCACAAUUUAAGUCAGUUGUCUGCCCCAUAUAUUGCAGUUUUCUAGAAAUCCAGUCUGGUCUGAUUUGAACAUAUAAUUCAAAAAUCUA